AUUAUUCACUUCUCAUUCAACUCCUCUCUCUUUCUCUCAUCUACUUUCUUUGUAUUUUGUAAGCCAGAAAGUUCUCUCUUUUGGAACAAGAAAAAGAAGGCUUCUUUAAAUUAGCAAAAUGGCAAUGCAUCCCAUUUAUUGGGUGGCAAUUUUGCUGUCUAUAUGUUGCUGCACAACUUCAGCAAAUGCAGAUUAUGUGAAAUACAAAGAUCCAAAGCAACCAAUCAAUGCUCGAACUCGUGAUCUUAUGGGUCGUAUGACACUCGAGGAAAAGAUUGGCCAAAUGACUCAGAUUGAAAGGAGUGUAGCCUCCGGCGAUGUCAUGAGCAAGUACUUCAUUGGGAGUGUACUAAGUGGAGGAGGGAGUGUUCCUGCUCCACAGGCCUCUGCUGAGACUUGGAUCAAAAUGGUGAAUGAGUUCCAACAAGGAUCUCUCUCUACUCGCCUCGGUAUUCCUAUGAUUUAUGGGAUUGAUGCUGUUCAUGGUCACAACAAUGUCUACAAGGCCACUGUUUUCCCUCACAAUGUUGGAUUGGGUGCUACUAGGGACCCUGAACUUGUUAAGAGAAUUGGUGCUGCAACUGCAUUGGAAGUUAGAGCUACCGGAAUUCCUUAUGUUUUUGCACCUUGUAUCGCGGUAUGCAGAGAUCCAAGAUGGGGAAGAUGUUAUGAGAGUUAUAGUGAAGAUCCAAAAAUAGUCCAAAAAAUGACUGAGAUUAUACCAGGUUUACAGGGUGAAAUCCCACACAACUCAAGAAAGGGUGUACCCUUUGUUGGUGGACAGAACAAGGUUGCUGCUUGUGCCAAGCACUAUGUGGGUGAUGGUGGCACUACAGACGGGAUCAACGAGAACAACACGGUCAUAGACUUUCAUGGGUUGCUCAGCACUCACAUGCCAGGCUACUACAACGCAAUUAUCAGUGGUGUAUCUACAGUCAUGGUUUCUUACUCCAGCUGGAAUGGUGUUAAGAUGCAUUCUAAUUAUAAUCUCAUUACUGGUUUCCUUAAAAACACACUGAAAUUCAGGGGAUUUGUUAUAUCCGACUGGCAGGGCCUCGACAGGAUUACUUCACCGCCACAUGCUGACUAUCCAAAGUCUGUACUAGAGGGCAUUCACGCCGGCAUUGAUAUGAUCAUGGUUCCUUACAACUACACAGAAUUCAUUAGUAACCUAACCUCCCUAGUAAAGGAUAAUCAAAUCCCAAUGAGCAGAAUUGAUGAUGCAGUACAUAGAAUUCUAAGAGUCAAGUUUCAAAUGGGUUUAUUCGAGUACCCAUUGGCUGAUAACAGCCAAGUCCACCAGCUGGGAAGUAAGGAACACCGAGAAAUAGCAAGGGAAGCAGUGAGGAAAUCACUGGUGCUAUUGAAGAACGGGCAGGAAGGUGAUAAGCCAAUGCUACCUCUUCCUAAGAAAGCGCCGAAGAUACUUGUUGCUGGAAGCCAUGCUGACAAUCUGGGUAACCAAUGUGGUGGAUGGACUAUUGAAUGGCAAGGACUCAGUGGAAACAACCUCACUGAAGGGACCACGAUCCUUACAGCCAUUAAGAGCACAGUUGAUCCAAAGACAAAAGUAGUGUACAAAGAGAACCCUGAUAGCAACUUUGUCAAGUCCAACAAAUUCUCCUAUGCCAUAGUUGUGGUGGGCGAACCCCCUUAUGCUGAGACAUUCGGUGACAGCAUGAAUCUAACGAUAGCUGACCCCGGCUACAGCACCAUUAAAAAUGUAUGUGGGGCAGUGAAGUGUGUUGUCAUUGUCAUCUCAGGCAGGCCUGUUGUUAUCGAGCCAUAUGUUUCCAAGAUGAAUGCCCUUGUAGCUGCUUGGCUACCAGGAACUGAGGGUCAGGGUGUUGCUGAUGUUCUGUUUGGUGAUUAUGGUUUCACAGGGAAGAGCCCUAGAACUUGGUUCAAGAGUGUUGAUCAACUCCCUAUGAAUGUAGGUGAUCCACAUUAUGAUCCACUUUUCCCAUUCGGAUUCGGAUUAACCACGAAGCCUAGCAAGGGAUACUAGAAUUCAGCUAGGGUAGCCUUAGGCCUUGAUUUACAAUCCUAGUGAUCCAUCUUAUUGUUUAGUGAUUGUUAUUGAGAAAUGAGAAUAAUAUACCACAGUCAACUAAAUCUUCCAUGUCACAACUCACAAGGGAAGCAUGGCCUUUUUCUUAAAUAUAUGUCCCAACACUUGUAUAAGUGUUAAUUUUUUUUUCUAUUUUACUGAAAUUUUAGAGUGUCUUUACUCUGAUUGUCCA